AUGGUGCAGGUGAAGGUGGAACAGGGGGUGCUGGAAGGCGAGGAGCUGGACGUGGUCACAGGCGACAAGCGUUAUUUCAGCUUCAAGGGCAUCCCAUAUGCCGCACCGCCCCUCGGUAAACUGAGGUUCAAGGCACCUCAGCCGCCGGAGCCAUGGAAAGGAAUAAGAAAAGCAACGGAACACGGACCGGUUUGCAUCCAAUUCGAUAUUUUCAAAAACCAAUUUAUACCCGGAACGGAAGAUUGCCUCUAUUUGAAUGUUUACACACCAAACCUUAAACCGAAAAACUUGUUGCCCGUCAUGUUUUUUAUACACGGCGGAGGCUACAAAAGUGGCUCAGGGAACGUCGACUUCUACGGACCCGACUUCCUUGUUGCUCAGGACGUGGUCGUUGUAACUAUUAACUACAGGCUCGAAGUGUUGGGAUUUCUCUGCUUGGAGACGAAAGAAGUACCCGGUAAUGCCGGAUUAAAGGAUCAAGUGGCUGCUCUGAGGUGGGUGAACAGAAAUAUUAGCAACUUCGGCGGUGAUCCAGAGAACGUUACCAUCUUCGGUGAGAGCGCAGGGGGCGCAGCCACCGCACUCCACGUCUUAUCGCCAAUGUCGAAAGGGCUCUUUAAGAGAGCAAUAUCAAUGAGUGGUGUACCGUUCUGCGAUUGGUCUAUCCCAUUCGAACCCAAACGACGUGCUUUUGUUCUCGGAAAGCAACUCGGUCUAGUAACUACAAAUACAGAGCAGCUCCUAGAGUUUCUUGAAAAUGUUCCGAUUGAAAAACUUGUUGACACUAAUCCAAGUUUACUGACUUCCGAAGAUAGAAACAUUCCAUGGAAAAUGUUUCAUUUCACACCAGUUGUGGAAAAAGAUUUCGGUCACGAUCAUUUUCUCACGGAAGAUCCGGAAGAAGCAAUGAAAAAGGGCUGCGUAAAUGAUAUAGAUCUAAUGAUUGGAUAUACAAGUGCGGGCCAUCUCGAUGAUCUAAUGCAUUUGUUCGACCCGAAGCAAUAUAAUCUACCAGUGGACACAGAGAGCUCGACAUACAAAAUGAUUUUACAAACAUGUGCCCUCUUUACCAACUUUGCGAAAUUUGGUAACCCGACUCCUGAUUCAUCACUGGGAGUGAUUUGGCCUGAAUGCGUCGCUUCUUCGGGAGAUUAUCUCAACAUAGCAGAAGAGUUAACGGUGGGGACGGGGCUUGAUGCCGAAUUUGUAGCAUUUUGGAACAGUAUCUACGAAUCGGCAGGAUUGACGUAC